AUGCACGACCAGGUGCUCGGGCGUGGUCGAGACUCGGGCGACGAGAGCGACGGCUCGACAAGCUUCACGGAGGACGAAGAGCUGGACGAAGCGAACGCAAUAGAUGACAUUGAGGACGAGGAGGAGCGGUUAAUCAUGAACGGUGGCGCUGGGAUACCUGUGGGGCCGGAUGGCAAAGCGAGACCUCUCCUACCUCCAAUUUUGCCUCAACAUGUCGGACGGAAAUGCCUUGUCCUUGAUUUAGACGAGACAUUGGUGCACAGUAGCUUCAAGUCAAUACAACAGGCAGACUACGUUGUCCCUGUUGAAAUCGAGUAUCAUUGGCAUAAUGUGUACGUAAUCAAGCGGCCAGGCGUCGAUAGCUUCUUGAAGCGAAUGGGCGAGAUUUACGAGGUGGUCGUGUUCACGGCGAGUCUGAGCAAGUACGCGGAUCCGGUACUGGACAAGCUCGACGUUCACCGUGUCGUGACACAUCGAUUGUUCCGGGAAAGUUGUUACAACCACCGAGGUAACUAUGUCAAGGACCUGUCGCAACUCGGACGACCAAUCUCGGAUACGAUCAUUAUCGACAACUCUCCGGCGUCAUACAUUUUCCACCCAAAUAACGCCGUCCCUGUGUCGUCAUGGUUCAAUGACCCUCAUGACACAGAGCUCACUGACCUAUGUCCGUUCCUCGCGGACCUUGGCCAGGUAGACGACGUGAGGGGCGUGCUGGACGGAGGGCUGUAG